UUGUAGGCGGCAGUCUGCGACGCCAUAAAGGACGGCGUUGUUGUAAUCGAGUUUAGACAUGACUAGAGAUUGAACGAGUAGCUGCGGGUUAUCGGUAGAUAGGUACUGUUUAAAUCUACCGGGUUGAUGUAUUUUAAAGAAUGUGGAUGGUGUUGCAGCUGAUAUAUGAUGUUGGAAAGACAAGUUUUUAUCUAGGAUAACUCCAAUGUUCUUGACUUUAGCUGAUGGUGUGAUAGUUUCCCCUGCAAUGGACAGAGUGCAGUCCCUGAUCUGCUGGAGUUUGUGCUUUGUUCCUAUUAACAUAAAUUCAGUUUUGUCUGGGUUUAGAUUCAGGAAGUGAAAUGUCAUCCAGUGUUAUGACUCAGCUGGUUUUAGUACGUAUAAUUAGUGAUGUCAGUGUGAAUGUUUCCCAGGUUUCUUGGUGGUUGAAGAGAGAGAUUUACUAAAACGAGAAUUUAGAUCUGAUCAAUAAAACAUCAAUCAUGAGGGGUAUUAGUGUGAAGACAUUUGGUGGUCCUGAGGUUUUAACCAUGGACAAUAAUCUCAAAGUUCCAUCCUACAAUGACGACCAGUUGUUGAUAAAAUUAGCGGCUGCUGGUAUCAAUCCUGUAGAAGCCCUCAUUAGAACAGGUACCUUCCCUAACCCACCAGCUUUACCCUACACACCCGGUUUCGACGGUGCUGGCGUCGUAGAAAAAAUUGGAAAAAAUGUGAAAAACUUUAAGGUUGGAGAUCGUGUAAUAACUGCGGCUGCACAAGGAUCGGGCACCUAUGCCGAGUAUGUUGUUACCACGCCUUUAUUUAUUGCACACCUGGGAAGCCAACUUACCUUUGAUGAAGGAGCCGGAAUUGGAAUUCCUUAUUAUACAGCUUAUAAACUGCUGUGUAUAAUAAUUCGUGCCAGAGCAGGAGAGACGUUAUUGGUACAUGGUGCCAGUGGAGCUGUUGGAUUAGCCAGUGUUCAGUUGGCUAAAUCUAUAGGGCUAAAAGUCAUUGGAACAGCUGGUACACCAGAAGGCAUGAAACUAGCUAAAGGCAAUGGGGCCGAUUUUGUAUUUAACCAUAGAGACAAAGACUACAUGAAACACAUAACCGAUGUUGCCCCAGAAGGAAUAGAUAUUAUACUGGAAAUGUUGGCUAAUGUUAAUCUGGAUAAGGAUCUUGAUCUAAUCAAAAAUCGUGGACGAAUUGGGAUUGUUGGAAGCAAAGACCAAGCAAAGAUUGAUACUGUUAAAAUCAUGUUUAAAGAAUGUCUUGUCACUGGUGUUUUAAUUUUUCUCUCAACAGAGGCUGAAUGGAAAGAAAUGCAUGGUGCUCUUGAAGCAGGUAUAAAAUCUGGUUGGCUCAAACCACAUAUUGGGUUGAAAUUUUCACUAGGCCAAGCUGCUAAAGCCCAUGAUACGAUUAUGAAUAAUUCUGGUACCACGGGUAGAAUUAUACUUCAAAUAUAGAUGAAAAAUUCUCAUCAACAUAUUAGUCCCGAUUCACCAUUUUUAAAUUAAAUUAUUAAAUGACCAUCGUGUUUUAAUCCAUUUAUAUCUCGGUUAUCCUAUGAUCUAAACACUUGAAUAAAUUUCUAAAUAAUUGUU